AUGCCUAUCUGCACGCUGCCGAUAGUGACAAUCUACGAGGACUUUGACAAGCUGAGCGCGAAGGAGGUGUACUUCACGGAGUCGGGCGACAAGGUGACGGUGAAGCUGCUGCACUUUCCCAACCUGAGCCCCGAGGAGCAGGAACACCUGAAGAACAUGUCGGACAGCGGCGACGACGGCGGGCACGGCGAGAGCUUCGGGGCGGCGUCGGGCGGCGGCAGUGGGACCAGCGGAGCACCGGAGCCACCGCGCAACCGCAAGCGGUCCUUCGCGCGCAAGCUGUCGAACGAUGCGCGCAAAAGCGCCACGUCGUCGCUCGGUGCUCGGCGAAACUCGAAGGACACCGGGGGAGAGCUGGGCGGACCAGCUGGAGGCCCGGCGGCAGGCGGCACAUCGAGCCACCCACCGACCCACCAUCAGUCGGCGCAUCACUAUCAUCAUCAUCAUCACCACUACCACCACCAUCACCCGACGUGCCCGCCACCGCAGACGCCAGCUGCCCACGCUCAUCACUAUCAUCUUCACCAUCAUCACCAUCAGGCGGUUGGGGAUGUGUCGCCGCCGCAGCCAGUGUCGUCACCGUCGCGUCAUCGCAGUCCAGUCGAAGCCACGGCGAAGGGCCACUAUCAGCAGCUGCCGAUACUGCAUCAUCCGGCUCAGGAGGGCGGUGGCGCACUGCUGCGGCACCACCGGCUCAGCACCAACCGGUCGCCCUCGCCGAGACUGUCCUCGGCAGCGGCAAACCUGUGCCCGGGCUACGAGCAGUACCAGAUGUCGCUGCUGGAGGUGCCCAUGCCACGUGACUACGGUGAUGCGUCGAGCGACGAUCUGAGCUCCGAGUGGGACUCGGACGUACCGGACAUGCGUCACGAGCCGGGAGCGAAGCCGUCCGGAUGGCGCAAACUUCGCAACAUCGUCCAGUGGACACCAUUCUUCCAGACGUACAAAAAGCAACGCUAUCCCUGGGUGCAGCUAGCCGGCCAUCAAGGAAACUUUAAGGCGGGCCCCGACCAGGGCACGGUGUUGAAGAAGCUCUGCCCCAAGGAGGAAAAGUGUUUCAAGGUUCUGAUGAAGGACGUUUUGCGACCGUAUGUGCCGGAGUACAAGGGACAGGUGAACAGCGAAGAUGGCGAAUCAACAUAUAUUCAGCUGCAGGAUUUACUCAGUGACUUUUAUCAGCCGUGCGUGAUGGAUUGCAAAAUAGGCGUCAGGACCUACCUGGAGGAGGAACUUUCCAAAGCCAAAGAGAAGCCGAAACUGCGCAAGGACAUGUAUGAGAAAAUGAUACAAAUAGAUCAGAACGCUCCCACCGACGAUGAGCACCGCGCCAAGGGUGUCACGAAGCCACGCUACAUGGUCUGGCGGGAAACUAUCUCCAGCACGUCCACGCUUGGAUUUCGAAUAGAGGGCAUCAAAAAGAGCGAUGGAACGAGUUCGAAAGAUUUCAAAACAACCAAAUCACGUGAGCAGAUUUGCGAAGCGUUCCGCGAGUUCAUCGAAGAUUUUCCGCAUGCAAUGCCCAAGUACAUACAGCGGUUGAAGGCGAUCCGGGCGACACUGGAGUAUUCGGAGUUCUUCAAGAGCCACGAAGUGAUCGGCAGCUCACUACUGUUCGUUCACGACCGGCACAAGGCAAGCGUGUGGCUGAUCGAUUUCGCGAAAACCGUCGCCUUGCCCGAGACCGUGGCGAUCACGCACGAUGGCACGUGGAAGGUGGGCAACCACGAGGAUGGCUACCUGAUCGGCAUCAACAACCUGAUCGAGAUCUUCAGCGAAGUGCACGACCGCCAGACACUGCAGUCGCUAACGGAGCGGAUACCGAGACUUUCGUUGCCAGACGACAGCAACGGCAUCGGCGAAACCGCACCAGAUGCGCAUUUCGAGCCGCGCAAAGCCAACAGUGAUAUUUCCACGGCCGGCUCACCCACUACUUCCGACCGGUGCAGCAGCGAAACGCUCAGCUGUUUGAACAACAAUAACUACGACUGCAAGGCGACGGACGAGACACCGGUCCCGGUCGUCACCAACAGCGCACCGGACGGGUCGGCCCUGCGAGACUGCCUUGGGUCGAACUCGAGUUAAGCCGGCGGAGGAAGCUGGCCAACCCGCUGGCCACCUGCAAGGCAGCGUUCCGAGCUAAAACAACAAUAAACGACUGAUUCAUCCAGGGAAGAGUGAGAAGCGUCGAUUGGUCAGUAAUGUGAUUGAUCCGAGGGUGCCCAAUCGCUGACGCGUAGCACAACAGAACACCACACUAUUGAGGAACGACGGAUCCUUCGCCGCCCUCAGCAUAGAUAUUCCCGUUUGCUGUCGACAACCGUUGCAGUAGAAAAAGAAAGAGAGAAAGAAAGAGAGAGAGAGACAGAGAGAGAUGGUUGUUUAUUUAUCAAAAUACUGUAUCACACAACCAACAGCCUAAGUAAUUUUAAAAGCUAUGUAGCGUACGAGUACGAUGUAAAUUAAUUUAGUAUGGUAUACGUUAAUAGACACAUCUGAUGAUGAUUA